UAACUCUAUCCCAGCUGAAACCGGGACACUAUUAUAUCAUUAUUUUUUGUUAUUCACACUGGAUCCUGCAUUCUCAAGUCUGCUGUUUUACAGAGAAGAGGAAAGUGGGACUUGCAGCUUUCUGAAAGUAGGCCUCUAGCUAAUUACUUCGGUAAUCAAUUUUCUCCCAUUACCCGCAUUUAUAUCUAGGUCUUAUUUUACCAUUUUAUCUAAAACAUGCCCUGCUGUAGGUGCAGUUCCUUUUAAAAACUAUUUUCCAAAGGCUCCAUGACGUCAGUUUGUCCCUUCACAGGUCACUUGAAACUUCUAGUUUGUCAGACCUCUCAGUAGAUUUCUUGAACAAUUUUUCUUCUGGUAUAAGACAAGAAUUAUGAAUGUCUGUCCUGACUUUCGGACAAAAUGCAGUAAUAGCCAUCCUUGAUUUUGGAAUUUUCAGUGCAGUGGGUAUAGUAAACGGAGCACAAGAUGAUAGUCGUGUUUUGUGCAUCUUGUUAUUGUCCUUUACACGUCUAGCAGCUAGCUUGCUUGCAGUAAAUUUAACUUGUCUUUUAUCCUGGUUCUGAUAGUAAAUCCUUACUGAAAGAGGCUGAAAUGGUUUGUGUUAAAUUUGAUGCAUACUGAAACUCCACACAGUUGUUCCUGAUAUAGACAGGCUGUUCCUGCAGUAGAAGGCUGUAAAGACAGGUUUCUAGUAAAAUUGGUGGAUCACGCUUUUCUGUUUUAUUAUCUUUAAAUAUUACUGAGGUACUCCAUUAAUUCCAGCUGUAAGUUUACUGUGUGGGAAGUGUAAUUUUUUUUGUACAUAGAGUAACUGGGGGAGGGAAAGAGAGUUUAAUUUGUUAUUAAAGAGACAACAUAAUUAUAUGCUUUAUUAUGAACAAUUUUUACACAGAAAUGUGAAUGACUAGGGACCUCUACUGACUUGUAAACAAAAUCAUUGCAGUUGAGUAUUUCGCAGAAUUUGUCAAAAGCUAAUUUUUUUUUUUUUUUUUUUUGAAGGAACUUCAUGUUGGUGUUGUUUAUGCCAGAACAUAGUAAGCAAGGCAAAUUAACUCCAGCCUUGUGUAAACUUUUAAUUGGCCAACACAAUGCAAUUGAGUAUGAAUUCCAGGUGGCUUUGGAAAUGAAAGAGAACUGAGCUCUCUGGCUGGAAGCUGAACGUGAUGACGGCCUGGUCUAUGGUAGGGAAGCUGAAAAUGGAGAAGAGGCACUCCAGAGAAGACAGAAAUGUGGAACAAGACGCUGGGGAAUGCAGUGCUGAAUCUGAGGAAUGGACGAGCUCAGAAAGUGAACCUGAGCAACCAUACUUCAGAAGCAGCUGUAGCAAUACUCAGUGGAGAGAAAAGGAGGUUUCCACUAAACCACAUCGGCCACUCUGUCGGUCCCCUUGUUUGGAUCGCCCAAGUUUUUCACAGAGCAGUAUCACGCAAGACUUGAAGCUAGACGAAUGCAAAACAAAUUUGGACAAGGAAUACCAAGCUAAAAUGGAUUUUGCUUUAAAGCUUGGGUAUGCAGGAGAUCAGAUCCAGGCUGUACUGAAUAAAUUGGGAGCAGAUGCGCUCAUCAAUGAUGUUCUGGCAGAGCUUGUGAGACUUGGCAACAAAAGUGAAUCAGAGGGACAAAGCAGUGCCAGCAGUACCACCAGUACUCUGGUACCAAGAGGCCCUUGCCCAAAGGAAAUAGCAAGCCCUGAAUUGUCACUUGAAGAUGAAGUUGUGGAUAACAGUGAUAACUUGAGGCCAAUUGUCAUUGAUGGAAGCAAUGUGGCUAUGAGCCAUGGGAAUAAAGAAGGAUUUUCCUGUCGGGGAAUUCAGCUAGCUGUUGAUUGGUUUCUGGAAAAAGGACAUAAAGAUAUCACUGUGUUUGUACCUGCAUGGAGAAAAGAACAGUCCCGACCUGAUGCACCAAUUACAGAUCAAGAAAUCUUACGGAAAUUGGAGAAAGAGAAAAUUCUUGUUUUCACCCCAUCUCGAAGAGUUCAGGGAAGAAGAGUAGUUUGCUAUGAUGAUCGAUUCAUAGUAAAACUUGCUUUCGACUCAGAUGGCAUCAUUGUAUCAAAUGACAACUAUCGGGAUCUUCAAAAUGAAAAACCAGAAUGGAAGAAGUUCAUAGAGGAGCGGCUGCUAAUGUAUUCUUUUGUGAAUGACAAAUUUAUGCCUCCUGAUGAUCCUUUAGGACGCCAUGGUCCAAGCCUUGAAAAUUUCUUAAGGAAAAGGCCAGUUAUUCCUGAACAUAAGAAACAACCGUGUCCUUAUGGUAAAAAGUGCACCUAUGGGCACAAAUGUAAAUAUUACCACCCAGAACGGGCAAACCAGCCUCAAAGGUCAGUAGCGGAUGAGCUUCGAAUAAGUGCCAAAUUAUCUGCUGUGAAAACUAUGAGUGAGGGAGCCUUGGCCAAAUGUGGCACAGGGUCAUCCAGCUCCAAAGGAGAAAUCAGUUCUGAAGUGAAACGCAUUGCCCCAAAACGUCAGUCAGAUCCAAGCAUUAGAUCAGUAGCUGUGGAGCCUGAGGAAAAGUUAUCAGUAGCCCGGAAGUCUGAGGCCAGCUCUGUCCCGUCUCUGGUUUCUGCAUUAAGUGUACCAACGCUCCCUCCACCAAAAAGCCAUGCAGCUGGUGCAUUAAAUACUCGUUCUGCAAGCAGUCCGGUGCCAGGUUCCUCACAGUUCAUGCAUCAGAAAUCCUCACUGGAACAUAUGUCCAGUGUGCAAUAUCCUCCUAUACUAGUCACCAAUAGCCAUGGCACCUCAGUUAGCUAUACUGACCAGUAUCCCAAAUAUGAAUCAUUGGGGGACCAUGGCUAUUACUCCUUACUCAGUGAUUUCUCCAACUUGAGCAUAAGUAGUAUCCGUAACACAGAUUAUUACGGGGCUGAUAUGGACCAGGGGAUGUAUUCUAGAAACUCAAGCCCCUGUCCUGACAAUUGCUUAAGCCAUACAAGUAAUGAUUCUUAUUCCUCUUACAAUGACUUGUAUCUGGGUGUAGCAGAUGCCAGUCCAGAAGACAAUGUGAAGAUCCACAGACUGCCAUCGCAAAAUCGACUUCAGCCUUUUUCCCAUGGUUACCAUGAAGCCUUAAAUAGAGUUCAGAGUUAUGGAACUGAAGAGCCUAAGCAAUCCCUUCGCAAACAGUCAGUUUCCCACUUAGGCCUACAUGCCCAGCAUCCAGUUGUUGGAGCACGGUCCAGUUGUCCAGGCGAAUACUCUGUGCCUCAAAAUGUUCAUCCAUCAACUGCACAACCAAGCCGUGCCUUGGUCAUGACGCGAAUGGACAGUGUUUCUGACUCACGGCUUUAUGAAAGUAACCCUACAAGGCAGAGAAGACCACCUCUCUGUCGAGAGCAGCAUGCUAGUUGGGAUCCAUUACCAUGUGCAUCAGACUCUUACACUUACCACUCGUAUCCACUGAGUAACAACCUCAUGCAGCCAUGUUAUGAACCUGUAAUGGUAAGAAGUAUGCCUGAGAAGAUGGAGCAACUCUGGAGAAAUCCCUGGAUUGGGAUAUGUGGUGAGCCACGGGAACCUCAUAUCAUCCCAGAACAUCAGUAUCAAACAUACAAGAACCUCUGCAAUAUUUUCCCUCCAAGCAUUGUCCUUUCUGUGAUGGAAAAGAAUCCCCACAUGACAGAUGCACAACAGUUGGCAGCUAUGAUUGUUGCCAAAUUAAGAACAGGGCGUUAAAGCAUUACAGCUUCUUUUGGAUAAAUGAAACUAUACAGCCUAUAGGACCUGGAGGAAAACUUAAAUGAUGAAGGAAGGGGCCAAUCUAUUGUAAAUAUUUUCUACUAAGAUAGUAUAAAAUUCUGUACACAGUAGCAAUCAUACAUAUGCUGAGGCACUAUAUAAGAGUUGAUUGUAUUGUAAAUUUUAAGAUUUUAAAUAUAGGGAUUUUUUAAUAGUAUUUUAUAGGAAAUGCAUACCUUGCUGCAUGGAUAGCUCAUUAAGAACUACAAUGUCACGUUCAGUGUCUCAAAGCUGUUACUACAAAAUUACUGUUAGCAAUUAUAUUGCAUGUAUUAGUGUACACUUUCAAUUUGCUUAUAAAUAUCUAAUCGGCCUUUAAAAGUAUGCUCUAUACACGCCCAGAUGACUUUUAGGGUUUCAGCUUUGUCAUUUGACACUGCUUACUGGCAUAUUAAAUAUUGACGAAAAAGUAAACUUGACAAAAGUUAAAGCACUCAAUUUGUAAAAGAAAAAACUGAUUUCAGCUUUUGAAUGUCAAUAUUGUUGUUGGUACUUAAAUUUCAAAACUGUUCCCCAAUAGGUUGAGUAUCUAUUAUAUUGUCCAAUACAUUGGCUCAAUCCAACAGAAGCCAAAUACUUUAUUAAAUUAGGACCAAAACAUUAAGGAGUGUGAAGGUGUGAGUGCCAUUCAAUAAACUAAAAGAAGUUUAACUGUAGCUUCUCUCUUCAGAAUUGCCCCUCAACUGUGCAGUAAGCACAGAUGACCCAGUCAGCCCAGAUGACUAGACAAGCUGACUGUAAAUUGUCAGUUUUAUGUAAAUUGGAUUACUCAACCUGAAGCAGUGGAAACUGGGCAUUAACAUGGAAGCUCAUCAAUAACUACAGCCCUUCCUCUGGGGCAAGGAUGGUGUUUAAGUGAGGCUAACAGUCAGAAUGGCUGUACAAGAUCAACUUGAGAAGGGGGGGGGGAAAUGCCUCUUGAAAAGAGAUGCUACAGUUUGGGUUUGUGGCAAAGCUGGCCUGGUUGGUUUUGCUCUUCAGAUCCACGCAAAGGUGUGCAUUUGCCUCAUGAAGGCUUUUAGAGUUCCUGUUUCAACAGGUGAGAUAAUUUUGUGUGGCAUUGUUUGCGCAACUGGUAUCUUGCUCAGGGUGGGAACCUUUGUAGCUAAAUGUCUCCAAAAGAGGCGUUUAUUGUUUUUUAAGCUGCACUGACUGGACGCCCUUUUUUGAAUCCAUUGUAUAUUUCAGCAUUUCAAACCAUUACUAACUCGAUAUGUCUCGAGCUAGGACUUGUUGACUUCUACUGUAGUUUUUUUCAUGAAAGUUGAGAAGGCCUGGUUUAUGGCCUUUUGUUUCUUCAUGAGAAGGUGUGACACUGCCUAAAUGUUUCUUACUGUGAAACACACGGAACGUGAGGCUGCAGUCAGGGUUGUUUCUGGUGUUUUGAUAAUGGCUUGCAUGCUGCUUUCUAGUUAUCUGUUUGUCUGAGGAACAAAGUUAUAUAAUUUCCUCCACUUGUGUUACUGUAAUGGUUGGUUUGAUUCAAAAUAUCUUGUGGGCUCUCUAUCAUGUGUAAAAUAUGUUCCUGUCAUAUAUUAAAAAGAACCCCAAACCAAUAACAAACUACAAUUACAGGUGCAACUACAGUUAAUUUACUGAUAUUUGAUAACCGUAUCAUUUCACACAGGAUGAAUAUUCUUGUGUUGGUACAGGUAACGUAUAUAAUGACCAUGUCAUUAUGUAUUUAAAAUGAAUUAACUUGAAGGUAAUUCUGUAUUUACACUUGGUGUUUGAAAAUAACUUAAGUUUUAAUUAGUUGGUUAUCAUCUCUGUUAAUGGGAAAAAAAUAAAACUUCAGAUAUUUUUAAUAGUUGGGGAAAACAGAUUUAACUCUUGACCAGUUUUCAAAAACAUUUCUUACUAACCAGCAUUUUAUAUUUUUAAUUUGCGAUUAAUUCUUAUUCUCUUCUCUUGCAUGGUAUAAGCAGCUGAGAGCAAUGCCUCAAAUAACCAGAAAUGACCUUUUGUUUGUUGAUACAAAUUGUAUCUCUUUUUCUUGAUUGUAUAAAAACUGUGUAUAAAAAAAAAAUAAUCUCUAGAUUAACUUCAGUAUUACAUUUUCACCACAAUGUUUGUGACACCAUGUGUCACAGGGAAGUAGCCCAUGAGUAAUUAUGGAUCUUUUUUAUUUAAAAUGGGCACUUGUAGUUUAUAGACAAACAAGGACAACUUUUCAGAACCAGUUUAUUAUGUGCACAGAUACUGUGUGUACACCUCAAAGCAUUACAUAGUUAUCUUUAGUCUAUUUAUUAAGCAGAUACAUUCUUGCACUAAACUUUAUGUAAAAAUGUUGCUGUUAACUCAUCUGCAUGUGUUUAAAAUGUAACAAUAUAAUUGCUAUAGACCCUGCUUUAUUCGUAACGGAUUAAUUUAUAAAUUAUUUAGGUAUAAAAUGAAGUUUAUUGUGCACUCAUGUUUCCACCUUGCACGGAAUUAAAUAUUCGUAUGUAGAAAAAUGUUUGUUCCCUUUUUCUCCAAUUAUAAAGAUAAGCUAUUUUAAGAGAGGUUUAGUAGGUGUUUUUGAUGUUUUCUAACAUGGAAAACUGAGCAGAAAUUUCUGUAUGAAGUGCGAGGUGGUUUAUGGAGAUAGUCAUUUUUGUAGGAUUUGUCUAGUCAUUUUAAUUUUCACUAACUUUUGUCUUGCUGAUAAGAGUAAUUCCUUUUUCAACAAUGGGAAUGCUAUGCCAAUACAAACCCAGCAUACUAUUUCCCUAAGGCACUUUGAAGGCAAAUUGUCUUUUUCUAAGAAGCUAUUAGCAUCUAUCAUGCAUAGAGUUACAGAAUGGGCAGUGUGGCCUUGUGGAAAUAAUUUGCAAAUUUUGUGCUUGAUUAGCCCUCCUUAGAGGUAACAAAACUUUUGUAUGUGAUGUAGUCUUUCCUAAUCAACUACUAUAAGUGAUAAUUCAGUCAUCCACAUCUGUUUUCAGAUAUGUUUACAAGCCAAUUCAAAACACUGACACAUUCAUUAAUCUUCAGCGCAUAAGCUUAGAUUUCUUCUUACAUGGAAGAGUUGAUCUUACUAACACCUGAUCAUAACUGUCUAUAUUGUAAAUAUAAGACUUUGUAUAAAUGCUCUUUUUGAGAGCAUGGUAUUUAAAUGUUUUUAAAACUGUAAGAGAACAGUUCUAGAAACUAUAUUUUAAUAAAAUCCAUGAAAUUACAAUUCUAGAUGAGAGGAAAAAAAAAAAGUGGGAAGGUAAAAUCCUGGCCUACUGCAAUCAGCAAGAGCUAAGCAGUAGACUUCAGUGCUUUGCUGGGGCUAGAGUGUUUUCUGGGAGUUCUGAUUUACUGAUCUUUCAUCUUUAGCUAUAUUACUUUCACAUAAUUUGUCACUUAAAAGUGUAUAACCUUAAAUUCAUGAAUCAAAAAUCGAAUGCUUUAUGGGAUGUCAGUCCAGUUUAAGUUAUUUAAUGGGGUUUUUUGUAAGAAUUACAUGUCAGUAAUAUAUAUUAAAUUGUACAUAUAGAUGAUUUCACUACUGUUAGUCCUGUUGUUGUUGUAUUGAGCUGCAGUAGUUGGCUUUAUUCAUUUGUAGAAUUAAACAUUAUUGUUUGUUGUAAAAUUUUAUAAAUCUCUUUGGGUUUUUUUGGUUGACCCAAAUAUAAUGUAAGUCUUAAUGACAAAAUGAGUGAAAAUGGAUGUUAAACCAGUAUGUGGUAUUCGUAAAUCUCUGUAGUAAUAAGUGUGCACUGCUCUAGUUGCUGCCGCAUGUAAUUCAUUCACUAGCAUGAGUCUGUUUAGCUUUUGUAAAAAUACUUUAAUUGUAAACUUAAAAAUGGAAGGUGUGGGUAUGGUUGCUCAGAACAAGCAGAAGGAUCCUCAUUAAAAAAAAACAAACAAAACCGAAACAUCUAUCUGGGCGAGUUCUCCCCUACGUACUUUUAAUGCCAGUUUGCCUCAGAUUGUGAAUUUUGGCAUUUUGAAAUUCUUAAUGAUAAAAGUCAGAACACACCAAGAAUCUGUCCAAAUAAUUCAGUUAAAAAAUACUUGGUGACAUGCAUGUAUACCUGUGUUGUAUACCAAACCACAAACAGGAACAUUUCAAGGGACAUAUUUAGACUAUAGCAAUUCUUAAAACUCCAUGCUAAAGAGAAGGACCAUGCAUCAUUUCUGUGAGACUUUGCUCCACAGAGUUGAGAUAUUACUUUAUCUUGACUAGCCAAAAGUUUACCUGAAGCAUUAGUACCAGAGGACUCACAAUAGUCAGAUCAUUAGAUCUGUCACUAUUAUUUCCAUGGAGAGUGUUCAGCUUUAAUAUUCCUCUUACGUACCCAUAGCUUGUCUGUGUGACACAGCCCUUAUUAACUGUAUUUCUUGCAGUAUUUCAACUGGAAAAAUACAAGUGCACCGUCACUUCAAUUCUUCUCAUGCCAGUGUUUGGUUAGCCUUUGAAGAGCCAUUAGACAAUACUGAUGAUUUUUACUGUGGUAUUUAAAGUUUGUAAAUGUAUUAGAAGACUUGAGAGAAGAAUCUAAAAGAAAUAUAGGCUAUUACCUGUUCCCCCCCGCUCUGUGUAAAAGGUUUGCACAAUUAUUUAAUAAUAUGAAACAUGUUAUACUUUAUAUAUAUAUAUAUAUAAAUUUGCUUAUUUAAUAAAACUGAGAGCCAUUGGAUUAUUUGUAUCUAGCUUUUUAUUUUGUAACCCUCUUUAGAUGAGAGCCCCCAAAAGCUGUUUUGUCCAAAACAAGUGUUGUAGUCCAAAUUAUUUUUCAGUAUUUUUAGUUGACUUACUGAAAAAUACCCAGAUUCUGAAAUCAUAACAUAAUGCUCAAAUGUUCCAUCUGUGCUUAAAUCUGUGAAGGAAUAGGACAAGAAUUUUACAUUUCUUUAAAAAGCAGAGAAGAAAGUACUACUUAGGUCCCACUGUCUUGUCAGAAUAACAUCCCUUGUCCAUCUCUGUAUUACACAGAUUUAAAGAUCAUCUCAGUCUGAAGUUGCCUGAACUUCUCACUAUUACCAUGUUUGUUCUCACAAUGGCCAGGAACCAGGGGAUUCAAAAGACACCACACAACCAAUCAAAACCAAUAAAAUACAUGUAUUACAAAGUUGCUUUUUCCUAAUCCCAGGCCCUUUAUGCUUAAUUUACAUCCUCAAGUAUAUCACUCCUGAAAACAAGUAGUAAUUAGAUUUCAUGGGAUAUUCGUACUGUUCCAGUUUUUGCCCCAAAACUGUGACCCCUGGGUCGUGCUGAAGUCCUUGUCAGAGUAUCUGCCUUUGGGAAUGAGAGAACAGCAUACUGAAGACUUGAAUAGCCAGCAACAAAUUAUCCUAAUAAGGUUCCACUACUCUGUCCAAUUACUUACAUUGGAAAGAAAUUCAAAAGGUGGAAAAAGCCAGGAAAAAGGGCUCACAGGCCACAAAAACAGUGGACCCAGGCCUUAACUUCCUCAGCAAUUCCUCUCUGCAUGAUUUAUUCCAUAUAUAUUUAUUCCAUAUAGUCCCAGCUUCUAUCUCCAAUCCUUUCUAUAGCUUCCCUUUAGAGAUGGGUUUUUUUGGACAGUGAAAAUCUGUCUGGAGAGAUUCAUUUACAGGGAGAAAGCAGUCUCAAGAAGGCCUGCCCAAUGCAAAGGAAAAAUCAGGUAAUCUAGAAAUACAGCACAUUGCCCUUCCUAUCCCCACUCAGAAUGUGCUUCUAGCAAAGAAAGUAAUUAGCAUGUUGAAAACACAUUUUACCAAGUAAACUUUUACCAAAGGGGAAAAAAAUUACAUGUAGCACAGUAUUUUGCUAGUAUUGCCCUUUCCUUUUUAAACUGUUAUGUUUGCAUAACUCAGAAGUACCCAAUACAGUAACUGUUUUCUUACUUGCUCUUCAAGUCAUUUGAACUGGCUGGAUUUAAAGGUUAAGAUUAUCUAUGCAUUUAUUUUGUAUUAUUCAUAGUAACAUUGUCAUUUUGCAGGUACUUGGGAAAGUAGCUACAAAAUUGUUCCUGUGAAUUAAUCAGAUCAAAAAACCACAAAGUUUCAUAAUCCUGAACAAGGUGAUACAUAAUUGUCUAGGUUUUACACUUCUGUUUUUUAAUAGAAGCCCUUUCUUCACUUUUUAAAACCCAAAACAUUUGUUU